CCCAUGAUCAAGCCAUUAGACAAGGGCAGAACGUCUGGAUGUGCACAGCAGAAUCAUCAGACUAGUGCUUCUGGACCUCCUAUAAAAAGCAUCGUCUCUCCUGUCUCGUCCUGCCAGAAAUCCCUGGUGAAAGCUUAAUAUGAACGUCCUGCUCAUCUCAUUGCUGGGCUGCCUUGUUGUGGCAUGGCCCUCAGCCAGUGCUCAAAAAGUCAAAUGGUGUGUGAAAACACUGAAUGAGCUGAAAAAAUGUGAACACCUUACCAUCAAAUCACCAGAUCUUGACUGUCAACUCCGGCCUUCUAUAAUUGAGUGCAUUAGGAGCAUCAAGAAUGGUGAGGCAGAUGCUGUAACUGCAGAUGGAAAAGUUAUUUACUUAGGUGGACCACAUCCUUACAGACUCCGUCCUAUCAUUGCAGAGAAAUAUAAAAAAGAAUGCUGUUAUGCUGUGGCUGUGGUAAAGAGUGACACUAACUUCAACAUCAAUGAACUUCGUGGAAAGACUUCCUGCCACAGUUGUUAUCAAAGUUCUGGAGGCUGGAAUAUACCCAUUGGAAGACUGAUUGCAGAAAAUAAGAUUACCUGGGAAGGUCCUGAUGAUAUGCCUCUUGAGAAGGCUGUGUCACAGUUCUUCUCAAGCAGUUGCAUUCCUGGAAUAUCAAAAGCCCAAUACCCAAACCUGUGCCGGUCUUGCCAGGGUGACUGCACCUGCUCACAGAGCGAAAUGUGCUCCGGUGAUGUAGGAGCCUUCCAGUGCUUUAAAAAUGGUAAAGGACAAGUUGCCUUUGUUUGCCAUGAUGCAAUCCCAGUGAGUGAGAGACAGGACUACCAGCUGUUGUGCAUGGAUGGCAGUAGGAGAAGUGUUGAGGAGUACAAGGAUUGCCAACUCGGCAAAGAGCCGGCCCGUGCUGUCCUCGGCCGAAUGGAUGCUGAUUCACAGGAGAUUUAUAAUGUCCUUAAACAGAUUCCGGAUUCAGAUCUUUUCUCUUCUGCUGCUUUUGGAGGGAAAGACCUGAUAUUCUCAGACUCUGCAUCUGGCCUGGUGGAGCUCCCAAAGAGCACAGACUCCUUCCUCUACCUGAAAGAAGAUUAUUAUAAAGCCAUGCGUGCCCUUAGAGAUGGGAACCCGCCAGCAUCGGCUCCGUACCGUGACAUUCAAUGGUGUACUAUUAGCCACAGAGAGCAAACGAAGUGUGACAAAUUAAGUUCACAUAUUCCUCGUAUGGAUUGCAGAAGAGCAUCAUCUGUGGAAGACUGCAUCAAGAAAGUCAUGCGCGGAGAAGCAGAUUUCUUUGCAGUUGAUGGUGGCCUGGUAUAUAUUGCUGGAAAAUGUGGUCUAGUUCCAGCCAUGGUUGAGCAGUAUAAUAACCAAAACUGUGAUGCUGGUGGAGAGGCCUCCAGUCUCUAUGUAGUGGCGGUUGUGCGUAAGGGCUUGGGUGUAACCUGGAAUAAACUGCAUGGGAAAAAGUCCUGCCACACUGGCCUGAAUCACAACGCUGGUUGGAAAGUCCCAGAUUCAGCCAUAUGUGGCAAUAAAACUGACUGUACUCUCUACAAUUUCUUCAGUGAAGGCUGCGCUCCUGGUGCUGAUCCUGCUUCAAACAUGUGUAAACUGUGUAAAGGAAGUGGGUCGAUAGUAGGAGGAGAACAGAGCAAGUGCAAAGCCUCUUCUGAGGAGUUGUAUUAUGGCUAUGAUGGGGCUUUCAGGUGUCUUGCAGAAAAAGCUGGUGAAGUUGCUUUUAUCAAGCACAGUAUUGUUGGGGAUUACACAGAUGGUAACGGACCGGACUGGGCUAAGGAUCUAAAGUCAGACGACUUUGAGCUGAUCUGUCCAGUAUCACCAGACCAAACAUUCAAACACUCUGAAUUUGCUUUAUGUAAUCUUGCCAGAGUGCCAGCUCAUGCUGUGGUCACUCGGGAAGAUGUACGCAGUGAUGUGGUGUCCCUUCUGAAGCAGGCUCAAAGCUUUAUUCCAGACCUGUUCAUGUCAGAGGGUAAAAGAAACCUCCUUUUCUCUGAUUCCACUAAAUGCCUUCAAGAAAUUACUAAACCUCUGGAGGAAUUCCUGACUGAAAAGUACAUAGCCAUGAUUGAAAGGACCUACAAGACUGGCAUGGGUGAACCAGAUCUGGUGAAGGCAUGCACUAUGGAUAACUGCAUGAAAGAUCAGAGGUGUAAAGAGUACCUGAUACCCAUAGUUGAGUAAAAGUACAGAAACCUUACAGAGAAAAUGACUCCAUUACAAGUUAUUACAGUAACCAAUUCUAGCACAACUUGAGUAUCUGAUUUUAACAGUACUGAAGUAUUUUACUCAUACUGAAUGUAGGCUCAAAGAUGCACUAGUCCUCGACACCUAAGAGACAUCCCAGUGAAAAUAAAAAAAACAUUUAAUUUGUAAGAUGAGAAAUCAUGUUUAUUUUCUAAAAUCAAAAUAAAUUGAACAAUAUUGCAAUAAA